CCCCCUUCAUCCUUUUUCCUAUUUCCAGCCGGCGGAGUUAAUUCGGCUCAAGUGCUUCUGCUCUCCGGAAUCGGCCCGGAAAAGCAUUUGAGGGAGGUAAACGUACCGUUGGUUAAAAACCUGCCUGUGGGAGAGUAUUUGCAAGACCAUGUCAUGUUUAUCGGCUUGGUAAUCAGGAUCAACGGUACUUUUUACAAUGACACUUUACGAGAACUUUUAAUGAGGUAUAGAAGAAAUCAGCGACCAUUAAUUUCAUUAUUCGAAAGUAUUGCUUUUACAAAUAUCGACAAAGAUACUAAACAACGACCGGAUAUAGAAUAUCUUGUGACAGUUCCGCAAAAUCUAACAGACAGGGCUUCAAUGUACCGCAGCCUUAACGAUGAAUACUUGGCUGCUAUUAAAAUCAACACUACCAGUGACCUGAUACUGUUCACGAUGUUGAUGCAUCCGAAAUCACGUGGUUCGGUAAAACUUCAAUCCAACAGUCCCUUGGAUGUGCCCUUGAUCGAUCCUAACUACUUGGCUGAAGAAGAGGACAUCGAAAAGUUGUACCAGGCAGUGAAAUUUAUUGUGAACUUGAACAAUACCGAAGCAUUUAGAAAGCACGGGGCACAUGUGGUGGCAUUUGACUAUCCAAAUUGUGAAACAUAUAAGAAAUUUAGUAAGGGUUGGUGGCAGUGUGCUAUAAGACAUAUGAGUAAUACGAUCUAUCAUCCGGCAUCUACAGCCAGAAUGGGAUCAGAUCCAUCAGUAUCAGUGAUAAACACCAAUCUACAAGUUCAUGGUGUUGCCAAAUUGAGAGUUGUUUGCAGUAGUUCGAUGCCCGAGUUGAAUUCUGGACAUCCUUCAGCACCUGUAGUCAUGAUAGCUGAGAAAGCCUCAGAUAUCAUUAAAAAGUAUUACGGAAAACUGUGAUAAAUAAAUAUUAUGUUUAUUUAAGUUA